AUCAGAUUAAAAAUGAAAAUUCCUAUGGUUGAAAGAUGCUGCUGCUUUGAGUUAGAAACAGGAGGAAAAAUUCUAGGAUGGCUUGGCAUAAUUUUUGGAGGAAUAGCUGGUCUUUUAAUGUUGGGUGGACUUGUGAUGGUAUUUUCACUUUCAUGUGACGAUAUUAUGACAGAUCCUAAUUUUCAGGAUGUCACUCAAAAUUUCUCCAGAGAUAACUGCACUGUCAUGAAAGCCGUUGUUGUGGUGAUUUUGGUGAUAGUGUUAGCUGUUACAUUGGUUUCCGUAAUCAUUGAUGUUCUUCUCAUCCAAGGAAUAUCAUCGCGUAAUCCUGGAAAAAUAAUUCCUGCAGUCGUUAUCCAAGCAAUUGGAUUUGUUUCAACAGUCGCGAAAGGACUAUUUGCUUUUUCUGGAGAAGGAAUUGUUAGUGCAAUAAUUGGUGGUGCCAUUAUGUUCUAUUUCUUCCUCGUCUUGUACUCGUUAUAUGUCAAAAUAAGAGACGAAAAGAAGGCAGUUCAAAAUACUCAAUUUUCACAGCCAUAAAUUAUUUUAUGAAACUCAUUAGCUGUUUUUUACUUGUUAAAAUAUUUCAUGUGCUUGAUAACAUUAAAAUUUAAAUCAUUUCGCUUGACAACGUUAAACUGAAUUAUGCGA